UGUUUUGUUGUGGAAUUAAGAGAAGUUCCGUGUAAUAUCGAUGUUGUACGGUGUCUAAAAUGUACAUUCAUCUUCUUGCAUACUAAUGUGAGAUGUUCCAGAUGUCGAAUGCAAAAAUAGUGAAAAGUGGGGGCGCAGAGCCCGACCAGCUUGAAAGCCAAAUAGCCCAAGCCUUGGUGGAGUUGGAGAUGAAUAGUGACCUCAAAACACAAUUAAGGGAAUUAAACUUUACAAGAGCCAGGGAAAUUGAGCUUAAUGGUAAAAAGUCAAUCAUCAUUAAUGUACCAAUUCCGCAACUUAAGUCGUUCCAAAAGAUACAAACACGGCUGGUGCGUGAACUUGAGAAGAAGUUCUGUGGCAGACAUGUUGUAUUCAUUGGUGAGAGGAAGAUUUUGCCAAAACCUACACGCAAGACACGUACAAAGAAUAAGCAGAAACGACCAAGAAGUCGCACUCUGACUGCUGUUUAUGAUGCCAUACUUGAAGAUUUGGUGUUCCCUGCUGAGAUUGUUGGCAAAAGAAUUAGAAUGAAACUUGAUGGCUCACAGUUGAUCAAAGUUCAUCUUGACAAGAAUCAGCAGACAAAUAUUGAACAUAAGGUGGAUACAUUUGCAUCUGUGUACAAAAAGCUAACAGGGCGUGAGGUAACAUUUGAAUUCCCUGAACCAUACUUGUAAGAAAAUGAAAUAUAGACAUUGUAUGAAGUUGAUAUGAUAAAUUAAAACACAUGUUGAAAUAUUA